AUGACUGAGUCGUACAACCUUCCUCAGCGAGAAGUGGAAGCCCAGAAAAGGCAGACACAUGAAAUCGGAGGGAUGGUAAAGGCGGUCGAGGAAUUAGAAGAAGACCUACUGAACUUGGGAAAUGUUUAUGACUGUGAGCAGGAAUCCGAAAGUCGAGACGAAGAGCCUUUGGUGCACGACGAAGACCAAUCUAACAGACAGCAAGGAACCAAGCAGAAGAAUUUAAAGCAACAAAGGCAGAGUCGACCAAAACGCAAGAAAGACACAGUGGGACAAUCUCCGGAUCCGCUCGAGCUCGAAAAAAAUGAAAUGGAAGAAGCUCGUAGAAGAGAUCGAAGGGUUGAGCAGAGAAAUCCGAUCCAACCGACAGCGUCCCCAUGGAACAAUUGCGGAAAUCAUCAAAAUGAGCGAGGAAGAGAAGUAUUCGCCUUGUUCGUUUUGUGA